AUGAAUUUUGGUAAUCAAACUCCAACGAUUGUUGUGCUAAAGGAAGGAACUGAUGCUUCCCAAGGUCGUGGUCAAAUAAUCUCUAAUAUCAAUGCCUGCCUUGCCAUCCAAGAUACCCUAAAGCCUACUCUUGGUCCUUUGGGAUCCGAUAUUCUAAUCGUUACUAGUAACGGUAAAACUACAAUAUCUAAUGAUGGUGCAACUAUUUUAAAGCAACUAGAUGUGGUACAUCCUGCCGCUAAAACUUUAGUGGAUAUCUCACGUGCCCAAGAUGCUGAGGUUGGGGAUGGUACAACCAGUGUUACGAUAUUAGCCGGUGAAUUGCUCAAGGAAGUAAAGCCAUUUUUGGAAGAAGGUUUGUCUUCGCACGUUAUUAUGAAAGGAUACCGUACUGCUGCUGACCUUGCAAUCAAGAAAAUUAAUGAACUGGCUGUCGACAUCAGCAGCGAGAAGGUGAGUAGAGAUUUGCUCGAGCGGUGUGCAAGGACAGCAAUGUCUUCUAAAUUGAUUUCUCACAAUGCUACUUUCUUUGUCAAGAUGUGUGUAGAUGCCGUUCUUUCAUUGGAUCAAAAUGACCUUGAUGAAAAAUUGAUUGGUAUUAAGAAGAUACCUGGUGGAGCUAUGGAAGACUCUAUGUUUGUUGAUGGUGUUGCUUUCCAAAAGACUUUUUCAUAUGCUGGUUUCGAACAGCAACCAAAGAAAUUUGAGAAUCCUAAAAUUUUGUGUUUGAAUGUCGAAUUGGAACUAAAGGCUGAGAAGGACAAUGCUGAAGUACGUGUUGAAAACGUCGAUGACUAUCAAUCUGUUGUAGAUGCCGAAUGGCAAAUAAUUUUAGACAAAUUGCAGCAAAUUGUCGACACAGGUGCCAACAUUGUAUUAUCUAAAUUACCUAUUGGUGACUUGGCUACCCAGUUUUUCGCUGAUAGGAAUAUCUUCUGUGCUGGUAGAGUUGCUUCUCCAGACAUGGACCGUGUGCUACUUGCUUUAGGCGGAUCUACUCAAUCAACGACUAGUGAUAUCAGACCAGAGCAUCUUGGUACCUGUGCUUUAUUUGAAGAGGUUCAAAUUGGUUCUGAGCGUUACAAUCUUUUCCGUGGCUGCCCUGAGGCUAAGACAUGUACUCUAUUAUUACGUGGUGGUGCAGAGCAAGUUAUUGCUGAAGUUGAAAGAUCUCUACACGACGCUAUUAUGAUUGUAAAGAGAGCCUUACAAAGCAAGACUGUUGUUGCAGGUGGAGGAGCUAUAGAGAUGGAACUAUCAAAAUAUCUAAGAGAUUAUUCAAAAACAAUUGCUGGGAAACAGCAAUUAAUCAUCAAUGCAUUCGCAAAGGCACUAGAAGUUAUUCCAAGACAACUUUGUGAAAAUGCGGGCUUUGACGCCAUCGAAAUCCUCAACAGAUUGAGACUAGUCCACAGCAAGGGUGAAAAAUGGUUUGGAGUGGAUUUCGAAACAGAAUCAAUCGGCGACAACUUCACCAAGUUUGUAUGGGAACCAGCUUUAGUUAAGAUAAACGCCAUCAGCAGCGCUACAGAGGCUGCAAACUUGAUUCUAUCAGUAGACGAGACAAUCAAAAACAAGGAAAGCGAUGGCGCCAACGCCGGCAUGGCCCCUCCAGGCGCCAGAGGUAAGGGAAUCCCAAUGCGUUAG